AUGUUGUGUACCCAGGCAAACAGAAAAAAACUGAAAGACAAGGCCGAUUUGGACGCUCAGCUGGCCAGCGCUGGAGACAAGCUAAUGGUUGUGGAUUUCUUUGCCACCUGGUGUGGACCUUGCAAAAUUAUUGCGCCCAAGCUGGAGGAGAUUGCGCAAAAAUUGGCAGAGAAAAUUGUUGUGCUGAAGGUCGAUGUGGAUAAGUGCGAAGAAAUCGUCAUGGAGUUGAAUGUAUCCAGCAUGCCCACUUUUGUGUUCCUGAAAAAGAUUGAGGAGUUUGCCGGCGCCAAUGCCCAACGAUUAAUCGACACCAUUUAAAAGCUUUCGGCCUAA